AUGGGGCGAUUUUCGGAUUGCAAGAAAGAGCUCACUUGCCAAAGAGAACAGACAAUGAGAUCAAGAAUCAUUGGAACACACAUCUCAAGAAAAAAGUUAAUCAAAAUAGGUAUUGAUCCUAUGACUCACAAGCGUCAGACAGAUGCUUCAAGAUUCCCAUCUGGUCUAGGCAAGAAUGCUUCAAAUUUAAGCCACAUGGCUCAAUGGGAGAGUGCUCGGAUUGAGGCUGAAGUCAGGUUGGUCUACGAGUCAAAACAGGUUGAGCCAAAUCCAAAUGCUAUCAGACCUAAAAACCAGAUUACCUCUACUUCAAGUCAGCAGAUUAGACCAAGGUACCUUGAGGUACUCAAAGCAUGGCAAAGUGUAGCUGCUGGCAUGUUUACCUUCACCAACCAGGUCCCUAACCUCAAUUCUUAG